CCCAUUCAAAUGUCCGCCACUGCCUUUUGGCUCGUCCCCCAAAACCCGAAAUGGCGGAAACCCUCGACGCCCUGACGGAGUACGAGCGCCGGCGGCAGGAGAACAUCCAGCGCAACCAAGCCAUCCUUGCCCAGCUCCGCCGUGACGCCGCCAACCUCUCCGCCGCUUUCGCGGCCGGCCGCCCAAAGAAGCAGACCCGCGCGACCCCGACCGCCCCCGCCGGCUCCCCGCGCCGCUCCGGUCGCGCGCGCCUCCAGCCGCCGUCCUCCGCCGCCGCGUCGCUCCCUUCCGCGCACCUCAAGCCCAGGCCUUCCCACUUCCCCAUCUCCGACGCGUUCGUCAUUGAGAAGGUGACGGAUGUCUCGGCGCCCCUCACCUCCGCUAUCCUCGCCGCGUCCUGGCCUCCGCCGGAGUGCAAGGUUCGUGCGGACGAGGGUUUCGAUCCUUGCUGCAAGGAACUGGUGCUGAAACCGGGGAAUGUCAGAAAGUUGGCGCCGACAGUGAUUGCGGUGGCGCGGGUGUUGCCGCUGGCGGACCGCACGGUUGUGGCCGCGGGGACCUGUUUCGGGCAUCUCGUGUUCUGGGACGCGGACCGCCCAGCGCCGGCUCGGCCGCUGCGGGGGGCGGGCAGUCUGCGCGGUGCUGCCGAUGGUGUGUUCAAGUACCUUCCGCACACAGGAUCCGUGGCGGGGAUCACGGCUCACCCCUCUGCUCCAAGGAAGAUUUACAGCUGUACCCGUGAAGGUGAAAUUUGUCUCAUGGACGUGGAGAAGGAGAUUUUCAAUAUGAUCUAUUUGUGUGACUAUCCUGCAUUCUCCCUUUGCCAAGCACCGGAACAUGCUACUUGUUUGUAUUUCGGUGAAGGGAAUGGUGAGCUCAAGGCUUUCGAUGAGAGAGCGGGUAAAGUCUUAAGCAAGUGGAAACUGCAUUGUGAUUGCAUUAGCUCAAUAGAUUUUAAUACAGAGAACCCAAAUAUGCUGGCAACAAGUUCAUUGGACAGCACGGCUUGCUUAUGGGAUUUAAGAAACAUGAAUAUGCUGAAGCCAGAGAGCUUGAAGGUUGUCAAACAUAAAAUGCAAGUUCAUUCAGCUUAUUUCUCACCAAGCGGAAGCUUUCUUGCGACAACAAGUCGUGAUAAUGCUGUUGGAAUUUUGAGUGUCUGUGACUUUGACAAUUCAUGCUUCCUACAGCAUACUUCUCCUUCAAGGACAUUCAAGGCGAGCUGGGGAUGGAAUGACUCUGACCUUUUACUUGGAACCCAAAGGGACGUAGCUAUCAUCUCAGUUGAUCUCAAAGAUAACAAUAUCUCCACUUCUUGCAAAGCACGUAUUGAGAGUGAACACAUGACAGAGGCCCCCCGCCAGUUUGCUGUGCACCAAUAUCGAGUUGGCUAUCUUGCCUGCGUGGGAAGCAACAGGGUGUUCCUCUGGACACCGGAACAAGACGCUGAGCAGAGGAAUGUGCCCCGUCUGACUAACUAGUGAAACUUGCUGAUAUUUCAGUUCAGCUGUUUAUGAUCUUUUGAUGUGCUAGCUAUCAAAAUUGUUGUACAAUGGUUAGCACUAGGCAGACUAGAACUUGCCAGGGUGGAAAUCCACGGGCCAAACAAGGCCUAAAUCAAGGGUACUCUAAUUCGUCUCCUCUGCCAAACACGCCCGUAAUGGUUAUAGCACCUUCUUAUUUUUUGAUGCUCUGGCUCUCAAAAAAUGCUCUACAAUGGUUGCCACUAGGCAUAUGAGAAUCAGAGGAUCCUUGGUUCGAUUAAUGAUUGUAACUUCUCAUUAUUUUUGCCGUGCCACCUAUCAAUUGUACUCUAGGAUGGUUGGCACUAGGCAGUAGACAGACUAGAACCAGACGAUCCUUGAUUUAAUGGUUGUAACAUCUCAUGCUUUACUUA